UUCGGCGUGUUCGCUUUUCAACGGGCGCUUUACUUCGCUUUUGGGGGCUUGUUUGCUUUUUGGGGCUCACUGGCUGCGCUGAGUGGAUGAUUUUAUGCUGUAUGCGCAGCGCACUUGACGGCAAUUGUUGUCAUUGUUUUAGUUGUGUGUGGAAUCGGAUGUUCGCUGUCUUCCUCGCACAGCAGUAAAAUGUGUGUGUGUUCCGUUCCGUUCGCGCCGUUCAUUGAUUUCCUAAUUAAGUUUAUAAUUAAAAUUAAUUGAAAAAUUACUCGCAUGUGUAUGUGCGCUGGCAUGUACAGACAUGUAAAUUGGCUGACCGCGUGUGAAAGCCUAUUAAAUGAAAUAUGUUAUGUACUUACAAUUUCCCUAUGUGCAUUUGAAUAAUAAAUUGCUUUGAAUUCGAAAGCGAAAUUGUGCCAAAAACAUCAACAUCAACAGCUAAAGAGGUGGUCCUGCCGAACGCCCAACGACGUGGCAACCCUAGGCAAAUGAACUGUUUUACCUGCCCGAAACGCACAGCAACAAUAACUAAACAAAAAAGACAACUACAGGAACGUAGGAGAGAGCGGGCAGCGCAACGGAUAAUUUAGUGGAAUUUUCAAAAAUAGCAAAGCCAGCAACAACGGCGGCGGCCAUAAUCCCCCAGGGAGAGCACAAUAAUCAAAGAUUAAAUCAGGUUUAUAUAGAAAGGGUUAGCAUGGCGCAGGAAGAAAUACACGUUUCCUAGCGCAGCAACAACUACAAACACCUACAACUGAUUACACUCACACACGAAGCGGAAAACGAGGAGAGCGCGAGAGAAAUAUUGUUUAUGCGGGAAAGUUGAUGUACUCCGAAUUACCUGUUUAUGCGAUGGGAAAGCUUAUGAAUGAAAAGUAAAUAAAGAAAUUAGGGGAAUUAUAAUUUUCAAAGUCCUUGAUAGGCACACAAAUUAAACAUAACUAAAUAGCUCUUCAAUAAAAGAACCUGUGUAAAUGCACCGCGCAAUUCAUGAAUUCAACCAUUCCUUUUCAUGAACUGAGAGCGCGAAAAGGACUUGCCAUAAACACAUUAACUGAGAGCGAGGAGAGGGCCAGAGACCAUAAAGAGAGCAGCGACGCCGGCAGAGGCAGCGGGAGAGCACAAAUCGCCGUCGCAGCGCUCGCCUGCAUGCUUUUCGCUCAUUUUGCUUUCGUGUGCGUUGCGGCAAUGUCGUGUCUUCUCGCGGCGGUGAAAACACUCUGCAACAACUGUGACAACAACAGCAACAACGAUAAGAUUUUCCGUUUUUCCGUAUGGAAGCAGAAGCACUAGCGGCAUUUGUUUUGAAAGCAAAGCAGCGGCUAGCGAGAAAAACGAAAAUAUAAAGCGGAGGAAGACGGAAAAAGCAACGCCGCUGCCGACCGCGCCUCGCUCUCAGUGUGUGUGCGUGUUCGUGUGUCCGUGUGUGUGUCUGUGAGCCUACCGCCUGUCUGUGUGUAAGUGGGCGCGAACGUAAGGCCGAAAAGGAAGUGAAAAUAGUGCAAAAAGGCCAAGUAAUAAUAAUAAUAAUAAAAUAGGCAAAAAGACAGGCCCCAAAAGAGACCAGACCAGUUUCAAAUAGCGCCUAUUUCCAGGCUCUUGCCUCCAUAUGUAUUAGUCGUGUGUGAGCGGCAACAACAACAACAAACAGAGGCGACCACAUACGGAGGAAAAGGCCUUUUUUACCAAGGAGCGAAAGGCAGUGCGCGAGCGAGCAAUAAGAAUAAUAAAUUACACUUUGCUAUAAUAAGAAAAAUUGAUACAUACAUACGUACAUACACGUACGCGGGAGAGGCCCACACACAGGCACACAUGUGUUUUCCCUCGCCGAGAGUGUGUGUGGAAAAUUGUAAUAAAAUAUGAACCGCAGAAGCAGCGGCAAAACGAGAAAAACGAGAGAAAAUUUCGAAAUAUCGCAUGUGCCAUUUUAAGCUUUAAAUAAAUUAUAACGUACAGUAUUACCCAAAAAAAAAUAAGAGAGAAACAAAAACGAAAUAUAAAAAAAAACUGAACAAAAUGUCCUGCAUAUCGAGCAACUUUAGCUCUUUCUUCCUCAACUCGCUCAACGAUCCUUCAGAGUUUUCCAAGUACUUGAGCAAUGGCGAGCUCAAAUGCACUAAUUUCGAGGAAUUUCAAGUGUUCGGCUGCGGCGCAGGCGCGCCGACGCAACAGCAGCAGCCGCCGCAGCAGCAACAACAUCAGCAGCAGCAGCAGCAGCAGUAUUCCCAAACACAUUUACCCAAUGGCAAUCCAGCAGCAGUCGCAGCCUCGGCAGCGGAUUUUGCCAAUUACGAGGCCACGCAGGCGACGUCGCAGCGGGAAAACUCCUCCUCCGCUAACUCAGGUAGCUCCGUUAAUCCCGCACACUAUGCAUCCGCCGCCGCUGCCUCUGCCAGCGUCGAAGCAGCGGCACCGACGUCGAAUCCUGGCGUAGGAGCAGCCGGAUCAAGCCCCCUCACCGCCACCCCCCCGAGCAAUCGCUGGCCCACAGCGGUGGCCACGCCCAAUGGCCACCAGAGCACCACCGCCUCCGCGGGCGGAUCAGUGCCGCAGCACUUCGAUGGAUCCUUUGAGUUCAUCAAAUAUCUGCGCCACUCCACGGACUUUACACCCUCGUCAGCGAGCAGCGCCAGUGAAGCCAGCUCCUGCCCGGAAAAGCCAGGAAAACAGGGCAUCCCCGCAGGCACCACCCCACCGCCGCCGGCCCAGUCGCCCGUGGCCAGUGGUCUGCUCGAUCUGGACACCAGCACCUCACAGAAAUCCCGCUCGGCCUCCCGCAAAGUGGCCGCCCUGUUGUCUUCCGUUUCGCGGGCUUCCAACAGUCUGGUGGACACCAGCUCCUCCGCCCUGGAUGUCUUCGAUCACGACUCAAAGCAGACGAUCUUUGACCUCCAGCACAUGGCCUCCAAUGGAUCUUCCAACUCGAACGAAUCCUCGCUGGAGAUGCUAGCAUUUCCCAAUUCGCACCUCAAUGCCUCCAAUUCGAACACCUCAUCCGAAGGCGCGGCCUGCGGCAGUGCGGGCGAGUUUGGUGGCCUGUUAACCGGCGCCAGUUGCUCCUCCUCGACGGCUUCCUCAUCCUCGCAUGCCCCGAAGCUCCUGGGCAGCUUUGUGAUCAAGGAGAACUUCGAGGUGCAUCCGUCGCACAAGGUGGAGGAGGGCAUCUUCCAGCACAUGAACAAGCUGCCCUCGAAGAAGAAGGAUACGCUGAAGCAGCUGGGAGUCCGGUUCACCGGCCAAAUGACGCUGACGGACAAAUCGAUUGUGGUGGAGAACUUCAUCAAGUUCUGCGAGGAAUACGAUAUCAAGGACCACAGGCCAUGGCUGUCGCUGAACCAGUGCGGUCUGAAUAAGCCCGAGCAGAUCAAGUUCGCUCGCUAUUUGGGCCAGGGACUGCCGACGUUCACGCUCUUCUGCAUUUAUAGCAAUUUUAAGAAUCUGUUCUGCACCAAACGCACGGAAAUCUACACGAAGGACGGCUACAAUCUGCCUUAUAUACUCGACAAAACCAAGCGCUUCCUGGCCAACACAACAGCUGACCUCAAGAACAUGGCGGCGGCCAACGACGGUUCCCUGGAGUUCGCCAGCGGCAGCGGCGGCAGCAGCAGCAGCAACAGCAACACGAGCAGCAGCGCAGCGAACAUCGGCAGCAACAGCAACAGCAGCAGCAGCGGCAGCAGCAAUCCAGUGCCAGGAUCAGGGAUCAAUCCCAAUGCCCUACCGGCGGGCUAUGUGACCUCCUCGACGGCGCAACAGCAACAGCAGCAGCAGCAACACCAGCACCAGAUGGCCAUGGAUCCGCGUUACGGAUGUGGUGCUCCGCCGGCCUUGUUGCCUCCACCGCCGAUUCCUGCUCUGGGACCACCGCCCAGAUCGCUGGAGCAGCUGAUCAUCUACGAGAACUUCGACGUGCACGAAACGCACCGCAUCGAGGAUGGGGUUUGCACUCAUAUUAGCCGCCUGCCGCCCAAGAAGCAGGAGCUAUUGAAACAGUUCGGUAUACAGAGUAGUAGCCAGCAUUGUCUGAGCAAUUAUGAAAAGUACAUACUCAUCGAAAACUUCAUCAAGUUUUGCAAUGAAUAUCAGAUAUCCGAUCAUCGACCCUUUUUGGACUUCCACGAGAGCGCUUUAUCCAAAUGUGAGCAACUUAAAUUUGUACGAUAUCUGGGCCAGGGGCUAUCCAAUCUGACGCUAAACAAGAUCUAUGUGGCCUUCAAGGAGCUGCUGGGCAAUGGAAGGCCCGAGAAAGCUAGCAUGGAGGGCUAUAACUUAGACACCCUCUUGAAGAAGAAACGGAAGAACCUUUACAAUCGCAUGCAUGCCGCUGCCCCCAGCAUUGAUCUAACUGCCUAUGAAUCGUCGCAGCACAAUCCCCAAGCACACCUGCCCACGCCACGCCCCCAUCACGCCUUCGCCGCCCUAAAUGCGGCCACGCAGCGCAGCGAAGUAUGCAACGAGUUGACGCACACGGGUCUGCAGUACAGUUACGCGGGACCCCGGUAAAAACUGCCCUAUAAGCAUGGCCCACUGCCCCAUCAAAAACUGCAAUCCUCAUCAUCGGAUGGGAAACGAGAGCCCCUAUACAUAUACAUAUACUUCUUCCUGGAACUGGACCAGUAACUGUUGUGUCUUCGAAACAUAAAAAGAAAGUAAUUUAAUCGCCGCGAGCGAAUCCAUUGAAAACUAAGUGCUAAAUUAAAAGGGGGAUCAAUCAGAGGUACUCACCCCUUCCCCGAGAAGAACAAAAACACGAGACACUAGUAAAAUUAGCCUAAAUGUUAACAAAAUUAAACUUAAAUCGAAUGAAAUUCAAUUAAGCCAACCCAGAAAUCAACACGCAACAGGCAGGAGAAAGAUUAGUUUAAGCCAAGAAAACCCAGAUAUUUAUGCGCAAGGUAAACCGUAUACAACAUAUACAUAUUACGAGUAUAUACACACAUCAAUAUAUAUAUUUCUGUAGUUGCCAUAGCGCUUAGAGGGUGCAGCACACUUCCACAUGGCCAAAUCCUGGCCAGAACUAUAUACAAACAUAUUAGCUUCGGUUUCCUUCCAGCCACAUCCCCGAAAAAGAAACCCCAAAGUCCCCAAGAGCCUCCAUUGAGCCGCAUUAGUAGUAGCCUCUAGUUGAUAAGCGAACAACACCAAAAUUAAAGAAGAAAAACUAAAUCAAAGACCUCCCAAUGAAAGUUCCCUAAAUACGCAUACUAAGUAACUUGUAGAGCCUAGUUCUUAAGACGAGAGACAAAUUUUUAGCAUAGAACCGGCGAGCGGCGCACAGACGAUUAACAAACUAAAUAUUCCUAUAUACAAUAUACAUAUUAUAUACAACAAGCAGCAUCAAAUUCAAAGUGAAUAUACAUAUACGCAAAAAUCAAAUGCAAAGAGGCAAGAAAUACAACAAAACCAUACAAAAAACAUAGCAAUUGUAAAUGAUAUAUACCAAAUAUAUUCUAUACGAGCAAAGGCAAAACCAAAAACCA